UGUAAAAAAACCCACCUAAGAAGAAUCAAUGGACAACCAACAAAUUUUUAGGUACAAUCAAUCAGAAUAUAGGAUGUCACAAUCCCUUUUUAAUAUCCUUCCUCUCCCUUUUCUCCUCAUUCCCCAAAUCGCUCAUCAACAAAUAUACCCCAGCCCCUGAAGAUGAUCAACAAUACCCACCUUGUGUAUCCUUGAGGUAAUCACAAAUUCUAAUAAUUUAUCAUUUCAUCUCAUGUUUUUGUUAAGAAAGAUGCAUGCAUGUAGAGAUAUUUGAUUUUGUGGUUUGAUCAAUUUUGACAAAAAUUUGAAUCAGAUUGUUAGAUAUCAAAAGGAGAAGAUGGCGGAUGCAAGGGUGGACCAGUACUGGUGUCACAUGUGUUGUCGCAUGGUGAACCCGGUAAUGGAACCCGAGAUCAAAUGCCCCAUCUGCGAGAGUGGGUUUGUCGAAGAAGUGGCUGGAGGAAACAUGAACAAUAAUAGCAACAAUAAUAUAAUAGAUCUCACCCCCACCAACUACAAUAACAACAACGAUAACAAUUCUAACAACAACAACAACAACGAUAGUGGAUUAUUCGAUGUGGAAUCAGAACGUGCAUUCUCUCUUUGGGCUCCAAUCUUGCUUGGCUUAAUGGAUGGCUUCAGCGCUUACCGUCCCCCUCUUGCAGCUCUUCCCGCCCCUCGAACCGAUGCAUCAAGCAUUGGCAAUGAAGAGGAGCGCGAACAAAACGACCAAGAACAGCAACAUCAUCAUCAACUCGACAGGGAGUUUGAGAGUUUACUCCCAAGGAGAAGAACAAGAAGCUCAGUCUCAUUCCUCCGAUUGCUCCACGAUAUACGUGCCAGGGCAGAAAGCACCCUCGCCCAACAUCACCUCCAUCGUAAUCAAGAGAACGAUGAAUCUGGCACAAAUGUGGGUGGUAGUAGGAAUAGUCGUUUGAUCUUGGUUGAUCCAUUCAAUGAAGGUGCUUUGAUUCUCCAUGGUCCACCCGAUUCAAGCCAACUUGAGAAUGCUCCUACUACUGCUACUCGUUCUUUUGCGGACUACCUCGUAGGGCCAGGAUUAGACUUGUUGCUCCAACAUUUGGCCGAGAAUGAUCCCAACAGAUACGGGACUCCUCCUGCUCACAAGGAGGCCGUCAAUACAAUGCCAACUGUAACCAUCAACGAGAACAAUCUACAAUGUGCAGUUUGCCUCGAGGAUUUUGAGAUUGGAGCUGAAGCUAAAGAGAUGCCUUGCAAGCAUAAGUUCCACGAGGGGUGCAUUCAUCCUUGGUUGGAUUUACACAGUUCAUGUCCCGUUUGCAGGUUCCAAAUGCCCACUGAUGAUUCCAAGAUGGAAUCGAAUGAUGGCGUUAUUGUUGGCGGUAAUGAAAAUGGUGGUGGUGGUGGUGGAUUUAAUUUCCGGGGAGGAGGAGAACAAGUAGGGAGUCCAAUUGAGAGGAGGCAUCGAUUUCCAUUCCCAUUUGACACAUCUCUUCCGUUCUUGAGAUCGACAAGUGGUGUUGGGAAUUAUGUUCCAGACGCUUCAUCCUCAUCUUCGACUAGUACUAGUGUUGUUGUGCCUCUGCUGGGUGAUUCUUCUACUUCUCAUGAUGAGUCCCGAGGACACGAGCAGCCUUGAACAUAUAUAAGAAAAAAAAUGAGAACGAAUGUUUUUGCAGCAAACUGAGAUUUGUUUGUAAAUCAUUUUCUUGCCACUUUUUUAACAUAUAGCUUUCUCUCACACAUUUGUUUCCAUAAGAAUUUCAGUUUGCUAUAGCCUCGUGUACCUGUAAAUUUGCUCAAAGAGCCUCUUCUAUUCUCCAGGAAAUUCUUUAAUGCUGGAAAAGUUAAAACCCUUUUUAACAAGUUAAAUUCAAGAUACUUGCUGCAUAAGUUCUAGUCUUGAACCAGUCAAAUUCAUAGAGUUGAACAAGUUUUCAAUGUUUUUAAGUUACCCCCAGCUUCAAGUACUAUUGUUCAUACUUUAUUGAUAAAAUGGUUUUUUUCAU